AUGACCAGGACUGCAGGUUACUGCAAGGGCUGUCUGAAUUAUGUGUUUGAUUACGAAACACCAAAAACACUGGUCAUUUCAAGCAUACGUGUAGGAUGUGUGUUCAGGUUCACCCAGCUCCUGGUGGUACUGUUUGUGGUGGGGUAUGUGUGUGUGGUGCAGAAGGCCUACCAGGAGACAGACAAUAUCAUCAGUAGCGUCACUACCAAAGUCAAAGGUUUUGCCUUCACCAACACAUCUGACAUGGACCCCCGAUUAUGGGAUGUGGCUGACUAUGUUAUCCCUCCUCAGGGUGACCAUUCCUUCUUUGUGAUGACGAAUAUGGUUGUCACUCCAAAACAAACUCAGUCACGUUGUCCUGAGCUUCCGAGUCCAUCAACAACUUGCGUGGAUGAUUGUGACUGUAUCGAGGGACACAAUGAUCCUCGGGGCAGUGGUAUACAAACAGGACUGUGUGUCAACUAUUCCUCAACUGUCCAGACCUGUGAAGUGCUCUCAUGGUGCCCUCUUGAAAUAGAACCUGAGCUGCCCAAACAUGCACUGCUGUCUGCAGCUGAGAACUUCACUGUUUUGAUCAAAAACAGCGUAACAUACCCGAAGUUCAAAUUUUACAGAAGAAACAUACUGCCACAUAUUAACUCCUCAUACCUGAAGAGGUGUGAAUUCAAUCGUGCAACCGACCCUCACUGCCCCAUAUUCCGCCUCAAACACAUUGUUUCAGAGGCUGGAGAGGAGUUUCAAGACAUGGCUGUGAAGGGUGGCAUCCUUGGUAUUAUUAUUGACUGGACCUGUGACCUGGACCCGUGGGCAGGGAAGUGUUACCCCAAGUACAGCUUCCGCAGGCUGGACAACAAACACCCAGUCAAUAACGUGGCCCCUGGAUACAACUUCAGGUUCGCCAAGUAUUACAAAACCCCAGACGGAGAGGAAACUAGGACCUUAAUCAAAGCAUAUGGGAUCCGGUUUGACAUCAUUGUAUUUGGAACAGCUGGAAAAUUUGGAAUUGUACCAACUAUUGUGAACUUUGGUGCGGCACUGUCGUUCCUCAGUCUUGUUCCCGUAGUUUGUGACUGGUUUAUCUUGACAUGCAUGAAGAAAAGAGAUUUUUACAGCAAACAUAAAACCACGUAUCUGAAUGACGAUGCUGACCCUGACUCAAUCUCAAUGGGAACCACCUACGGAACUCAGUAACAAGGUCACAUCA